AUGCGUAAACGUUAUUAUAAAAGUGAUACAAUACGAAGUUUGCGUCGACAACGUCUUAUUCAAAGCAGAAAUAGACAAUUUUUACUUUUUUCCUCUAAUAACGUAGUUGAAGCAUUGGCAAUGACAAGCAAAAUUAGUAUUAAAUGUGGUGGAGUUCGUAAGAAAGAUGAACCGCCAACAAUCUUAUUCUAUGUGCCAGAAAUGCGGCAAUUAGCUGAAGAAAUCCGCCUUUGUAAUACUACAAAUUCCAUUGAAUUAGGUGAUAUUCAAUGGAAUGAAUUUGCUGAUAAAUGGCCUAACCCUCACUUCAUAAUCCCAUGA